AUGGCUGACGAAAGAAGCAACGAAUACACGCCUCCUGUGUUCAGCUUCACGGACGAAGCAACCAUAAGUUCAUGCCGUGAAAACACUCAGGGCGCUUCGUCUUCUUUGAGCGCCUACACAACAAUUCCUGAGACCACCGGUGUUGACGAAUGGAACACGCAGUGCCACCCGGCUGGUGCGCCAUCGACCGUCUCCGGGCAUACACACAGCACAGAAACCGGAAGCACAAAUUCCACACUUCUGGUUUACAGCAGCAGUGGCGGCGUCUACAAUGCAGUGGCCAGCACAAGCUAUGCGCGCAUGGAGGAACCUUCCGGCAUUUUUGGAAAUGACGCUUGGAAUUCUACAGGAAGCGGAGGAAAGGAAGAGCAAGAGUUGUCCGGUGUCUGUGGCAGUGUUUCGAGCGGACAGGAUGCCUUACACGGGCACGCCAACGAACGAACGGGUGAUACAGCCCCCACUUGCAAAACAAGCGAUGUAACCUUUGUCAAGGAUUCGAAAUUCGUAAAACAUUGCCGGAAUAGAACAGGCAAACCACACAAAUACGAAUCUUGUGGCAAAUCGUCCGGCCAGGCUGCUAAUCUCGCUGCACAUUGCCGCACACAUACAUGCAUGAAACCCUACAUUUUCAUAUGUGAUCAAUCGUUCCGGCAGUCUGUCCACCUAGAUAACCAUAUGUGCACGCAUACAGGCGAGAAACCUUACGUUUGCAAUAUCUGUGAUAAAUCGUUCCGGCAGUCUGUCCACCUAGAUAACCAUAUGCGCACACAUACAGGCGAGAAACCCUACGUUUGCAAUAUAUGUGAUAAAUCGUUCCGGCAGUCUGUCCACCUAGGUAACCAUAUCCGCACGCAUACAGGUGAGAAACCCUACGUUUGCAAAGUAUGUGAUCAAUCGUUCCGGCAGUCUAGUCAUCUAGAUAACCACAUGCGCACGCAUACAGGUGAGAAACCCUACAUUUGCAAAAUAUGUGAUAAAUCGUUCCGGCAGUCUGUCCACCUAGGUAACCAUAUGCGCACGCAUAAAGGCGAGAAACCCUACAUUUGCAAAACAUGUCCUAAAUUAUUCACGCGGUUGGCGAGUUUCCGUAGACACCAGCAGACUCACACAGACGGAAAACCCCGUGUCUGUCAAACAUGCUGGAAACCAUUCAAACUCUACUGGCACAGUAGUGAUAAAGCUUUCGUUUGCGAAAUAUGUCACCGACAAAGGAAGCACGGAGAUAAAACGCCAUAUGAGUGUACGCAGGGUGGAUUUAUUUUCGCAGAGAAAGAAACACUCGAUGAGCAUCUGUGGCACAGUAAUACGCGCUACUUAUGUGGAGAUUCAUUUGGUGACGAAGUUCAACUGCUUACACACCUCGUGACACAUAGGGAUGUGCAGCCGCGAUAUUCUGUCUAGUGCGCGAGUUAGAUAAAUCGCCCGUGGCAUUUGCAUAACAACGCGAGAGUGAAUUAGCGCAAGCUCUUGGGCCGGUUGCUGCAUGAUGAACUUGAAAAAGGGUACCAGCGAAACACAAAGUACGCGCACACAAGGAAAAGGCGUUAAAUAUGGACGGACGCUGGACUUUCAGCUGUACUUUAUUGAAAUCUACAUCGCCGCACAUAACCUCCGACGCAUGCGCAUCUUCAACACCUCGAAAGACAUGCGCAAAGAUCACAUUUCGGAGAUACGUUACCGUGUGCAA